AGACGUAGUCAAAGCCGCACUGGGGGCGCCGCCCAAAGCAGGUGCACCAUUCGGGGAUGUGCCGCACAGGGAGCGCCAAGGCACUGGGCGUUUAGGCCGCUCAAGCGGAGAGAUUCCUCCACCGCUUCAGGUGGAGAGGAACCUGGAGAAGUCGGAGCAAUGGACGGAUUUGCAGAGGAGCAAGCGCUGGAGGAGGACUGCGGUGACUUUGAGCCUCUGCCUACGCUUCUGGAGGACGAGGAGAACGUGUCUCUUGCUGAUGUUUUGUCACUGCAGGAUGGCUGUCUAACUGAGCAGGAUAUUUGGGCGAUUUGCCUGGAGUGUAGCCAGUCUAUGAAGAACAUUGCCCAUUCUGCAAUCUUCCAAACACUUUGCAUUACUCCUGACACUUUGGCUUUUAACACCAAUGGCAAUGUAUGCUUCAUGGAACAGAUCAGUGAUGAUCCAGAAGGAGCCUUUGUACCACCAGAGAUUGAUGUAACUGGUAACACUUCUGAGGCACAUAUUUUUUCUUUGGGAGCAACACUAAAAGCAGUGGUUGAAUAUAUGAUGGAGGUUGAAGUUCAUUCAGAAUUUAGCCAAGAUCUACAAAUUUUGCUGGAACAAAUGCAAGAGGAAAAUCCUAAAGAGAGGCCAGAUAUUGAGACUGUCAUAUCAUUGUGUAAAGAGAAAUUGAAGAAUUCUUCCUCAAGUGAUGUUUGCCAAAGCCUCUCUGCUUUUGGAAGAAGAGUGCUUUCUAUUGAAUCAUGUGACACAUUUCAAGACAGUUGUGAUGAUAACUCGCAGAAAGGAAAAAUUUAUGAAUGUAUUUUAUCCUAUGACCAGUGCUCUGUUAAAAAUAAUUACAAGGAAGAAAAUCCCUCUCCACCGUUGGAACACUUGAAAACUAAUGAUGGUGGAAAUUUUUCUGGUAUGGAUUCUGAAAAUGACAGAAAAUAUGAUACAGAAGAAAUUCAAAUCAACACAGUGAAUGAAAGAUUUUGCUGUCAACGUAUUUCAACUCAGUUUACAGAGUGCAAUGAAGGGAAGAACAACAUAAAACUCAAUAAGUGUGGGAAUCCUCUGGACACAAAACCACACAAAAGUGACUUGGAGAGAGAUGUACUCACAAAGAAUGGCAUGAGGAAAAUAAAAACAUUUCCAAAGCUAACAUCUGAAUCUGAAACAGACCCAAGUAUUUUCUUUCCUUCUGUGACAAAUGGUGGGCCGCUAAUGAGGAAACACCCAUUAAAACCCAAGUUGUUCUCUGUAAUCACCAAUAAUGAGCAUACAGCUUUGGAAGGUAAAUUAAAUCUGAAUGAUACUAAUAAUCAACUUGGACUAAAGUCAGGGUAUUUCCAGGAGUCCAAUAUUACUGUAGAGGAAUCUUCCUGUCAUCAACAGUACGUACCAAUCUGUGUUGGCAAAACUGCAGACUUUUUUACGUAUAGCUGUGCCAUUUCUGAAAGUUCAGACAACAACAGGAAGCUACAUGGUCCGGAUAAGUCAAGUAUAGCCCUCCAAACACUAGCAUGGGAAUACUGUGCUGAAAUCUCUCCAGGGACAAGUGAACCUAGUUUGUUACGUAUUAACCGAACAACCACAGCAUUAACAGCAAACAGUGUAAACAGAUGUGAAUCAAACAUCCUGAAUCUUCCAGAACACAAUUGCACUGAGAUGAAAAACUGCUAUGUGGAAGAUGAACAAGAUGGAGGCAGGGAAGCAGAAAAGAAAAGUAAUGAGCAGUGGGUUUUUCUGAAACAUCUCUUAACACAGUAUGGUAAACCUCUGAAAGACUAUGAGCUGUGGGCUUUAUGUCAUGAAUGUUUACUUACUCUGGAAGGUUAUACAGAUUAUCCAGCAUAUUUGUGUUUAGACUCGGUGUUGAUUAACAGCAAUGGAAAUGUUCUGUUUGCUCCAUCUGAAAGUGAAGGAUCAUAUGAUAUGUUUUAUUUGGCACCUGAGACAGCAGAAGAGGAUUUUGUUACUGAAAAGGUUUGUAUUUACUGCAUUGCUGCAAUUUUGUGGAGAGCAGCAAAAUAUAAUUUGCCACCUGAUCACAAACUGGUGUUGCCAAGGAAACUGAAGGAUUUUCUUCUGAAUAUGGCAAGAAGAAAGUCAGAAGACAGGCUUUCCCUGGCAGAUGCAAUUAAGACAUGUGAUAGCUCUCUGCUUGAACAGGGUAUAAACAGCAAGAAAGUUCUGGCAUUUUUGAACAAAGCAACCUUUCAGGCUUUCAGACAAGUAGUUGAGUCUUUGCAUGAUAACUUGCCUAUUGAUUCUCAGAGGAAGCCAGAGGAUGAUAAUGUAGGAUUUUUACCUAUUAGCAAUGAAAGCAAGUUAAUAGCAGUGAAAGGACCAUUCCCUUGCCUGACUUCUUCAAACAGUGUUAACACCAGGUUGCCAACAGCUUUCACCUCUCCAGCAACACACUUUAAGCCUAUUGUUCUGCAUCAGAAUACAGAUACGGAAAAAGAUGCCAUUGCAUCCAUAUCUGUGCAAUGCAAAACCUAUAUGGAGGAAGAGAUACCCACGGCCAGCAAAAACACAAUAAUUUUAAAGGAUGACACUGAAAAACAGAUAGAUGAGAAUUCUGGUUUAGUAACUGUAUGCAUGUCAUCUGACAUUCGAGCGCAUAAGGAAGAAGGAUCAAAAAUGUCACUUCAGACUGCUCCAAAAGACCAAUAUCCAAGCAAAAUGGAUACAUUCAUGGAUAAAUUGCCAUUAUCCUCUGACUUUUCAUGUGACUCUCAGGAGAAGUGUACUUCACAAACGUGUUCAUCAAGCACCACACCAUCUAGUACAGUGUUUGUAAAUAAUUUUCUUCUAAAGCAGGACCCAGAGACAAGAGUGCUAACUCUUGUACCAGUGCAGAUUGCUAUAUCGGAGCAAAUUCCAAAUAAACCCCUCCAUUCAAAAACAGCAUACAGUUGUUGUCCUAGUUUACAUGUUCUUCUUUCGGAUGCUGUAGGGAGCUACAGUACUGACAAAAGCCUAAAGAAAAACCCAUCUCUGAAUAAUGUGAGAAAUUGCAAGUUCAAUAAUACACAAAGUGAAUAUGCAGAAAUGAAAACUAGAAUUACUACCCUAUCCCCAGCUACAACCAAUGCUCAAACAAAGUGCUCUGAACGGAACCCAUAUCUUACAUUUUGUAAGGGAUUUAGUAAUGAUGCAGACAGUAAUAUUUCUUUAGUACAUCACACAUCAUAUGCAUCUGUGGACCAAAACCCUGCUUCUUCACUCAGCCUAGAUACUUUGCACCAGAACAAUGGGACAAGUGAAGUUUUCUUGAAGAAUGUGGUACAUUUUAUCCAAGAAGAGUUUGCACUUGGUAGUUAUUGGGAGAAUACGGAUGAAGCUCUGGCUAUGGGUAAAUAUAUAUUCACUUUAAAGGAUCUUAAAUAUAACACAUUCUGUAAUGCAGUAUCUGAGAAAUUUCAUGACCUUUACUGGGACGAAAAACUACUAGCAAGCCUUUAUUAUGCAGCAAAUGGGAAAACUCCCCUUGAAAGGAUAAAUGAAGAUGAGUACUACUGUGACAAAAAAUAUCAGCACAUGAACUGGCCAAAGAACUGUCUGAAUGCCAGUGAUGAAAGAAAUGCUAUAGCAGUAUUUCCUGGUUUUGAAGUAGACUACCUUUCACAAGAUAACAUUGACUGUGAAACCAGAUCGCAGGUGAUUGGAACAGAAACCAAAGAAGAAUGUUUACAGACCAGUAAAUGUUACCUCAGUCCAGGUUUGCUAGAAGAAAGCUUACUAGAAGAAGAGAUCCCAGUAAAGGCAGAGGAAAAUAAUUGUACCAACUUUCCUUACACAUCUGAACUGCCUGAUUGUCAUCUUGGUUGGAGGAGUGCAUUCUAUGGUUCUGAAUGUUUUAGUUUGGAAGUUCACAACUACAUAAGAAAACUUGGAAAACAAAAAGCAAGUGGAACUCAAAACACACAUGCCAAAAGAAUGGAACUUGAACAGCUGAUAAUGAUUGAAAUGAGAAACUAUAGGAAGAGUGUAAAAUUCUACCAAAGGUUGUUGCAUAAAGAAAGAAGCAGCAAAGGUUGUGAAGCGAAAACUAUGUUGCCCAAACUGAGGGGACAGCUAGAAGAAAUGAAAGCAAAGAUGCAGUUUCUUGAACUGGUAAAGAACUAUCUCCAGAUUAUGUAUAUAGAGAAAUGGGGAAUUGAACCAUGUGACAUUUGUACAGUUGUUAACAUGGCAAGAAGUGAAACCCUGGGCAUCAGCUCCAUGGACAGUUUGCUGCUUUUCUAUAAUUUAAAUAAAACCCAGCUCAGUGACUAUCAAACUCUACCAAGGAAUCUGCAAGCUGGAACACCACUUGGCCUAAUGGCGUAUCUUUACUCCAGAAAUGCUUUUUUAGAAGGUUAUGUGCAGCAGUUCCUCUUUACAUUCCGUUAUUUCUGCACACAAGAUGAAUUUCUGCAAUUUCUUUUUGAUAGAAUCAGGCUCACCUUGCCCAGUUCAAACCUGGAAUCUUCACUUCUUAGCAAAAUGUACAACCGCAGUUUCUCAAUCUUGCAGACUUGGAUUGAAGAUUGUUAUACUGUAGACUUUUCAAUAAACCCUGAAUUUAUGGCAACACUGCAAACCUUUAUCAUUUCAAAGGUGGUUCCAUUUAAUGGCUAUGGAAAAUCUUUGCUGUCAUUGCUUCAAGACAUUCCUAGCAGGAAACAGAAUAAGGUUUCUCAAUGUUACAUAUUGGAAGAAAGGGAGGAAAAGCAGGAUACAAAAUCUGAACCUCCCUUGUGCAAAAAGAUCUCAAAAGAUGUUUCACAAAAGACCUUCAACUGGAAAUUCUCACAAGGAAAUGAGACUGUUGCACCUCCUCAGGGGAACAGACAACAUAGCAUUGUUUCAAGUUUACGAAAGCCAUGCUAUACAAAUUUAACAGAAAAAUUCUCAGGCUUCUGUACUAAAACAGAGAGGGACUCAUAUUUCUUAAAAGAAUACACUGCUCAACAGCUUUGCUGCCAGCUGACUCUACUAGAACAGGAAAUGUUCCAUAAAUGCCAUCCAGUGCACUUUCUAAAUUCAAGACUGCUUGGAAUUAAAGACAAAAAUAUACUUCACCAAAAAGCUGUGGCCUCUGAGAUGUUGCCUACUCAGGCCUAUAAUCUUUUUGCAAAAAACUGUGUCCAGGAUGAUUACCUUUUGAAGCUCUUAAAGUAUGCAGACAAUGUCAGUACUUGGGUAGCUGCUGAAAUUGUAACAAGUUACAGUUCAAAGGUGCAGAUGAGCUUGCUAUCAAAAUUUCUCUUUAUUGCAAAAUGUUGCUAUGAACAAAGAAAUUUUGCUACAGCAAUCCAGAUCCUAAGAGGCUUGGAAAAUCUCAUUGUGCGGCAAUUGCCAGCUUGGAAAUUUUUACCAUCUAAAGUAUUGGAAAUAAUGGACGAACUCAAGGCAGUUGAGGUAUUUUUAAAAAGUGACAGCCUGUGUUUAAUGGAAGGAGAAAAAUUUAAGACGUCACCAACGAUUCCGUCAGCCCAUGUUCUGGUCAUGCAUGUCCAGCAACUUGAAACUGGAGGAUUUACUAUGAGAAAUGGCUUUUACAAGUGGACUAAACUUAGAAACAUUGCAAAAGUUGUGAGCCAGGUUCACGCAUUUCAAGAAAACUCCUACACUUUUGCUCCAGAUCACCAACUGCAGACUUGCUUAAGACAAAGAAUGGCUUCUUUUAAUGAUGCUGAUAUUUCUGUCUUAGCAGCUGAUAACUACGCCAACUUUCACCAAAUACCACCUGAAAAGCAGUCCCAAAAAAUCUGGGACACAUUACAUAGGAUGAAGGCAAUGUUUCAGUAAUUGCAUAUGUUUAUUUUUCCUUAACCUUUUUGAAUAAAGUAACUUCAAUUCCUCAGCCAGUUAUUAGAUUGACACAUGAGAAAAUUUCUGUAAGUACUGUAACCAUUUAGGAAAUCACAUUGACUGAGAUGUAUGUGACAGUUAAGUUUUUUAAAACAACAACGCUAUAGCCAAAAGGGGGAAAAGAUCUUAAUGUGUUGUUUUAGGGCCUUAUAUACUAGCAAGCUACCCUUGGAUGAACUUGUCAAAGCUAUAAAGUAAUGUAAUACAAA